AUGACGUCCCUGCGCCGUAUCUCGUACACAGGCACGGAUCAGAACAUCAACAUCAACAGCAACAUCCUCAGUCAUCUCGUCCUACCUCACCUCACUCUGCAGCCACAUGCAUCGCUAAGCGCUCUGCUCACCCUCAACCUGACACAGCAGCACAGCUCCCCCAAACAAAUUUACACCUGCGUGUCCCUCGCAUGA